CUGCGAUAACAAUUAUUUUGAUUGAUCGGUUCUCUCACAUUCUAUAACUGAUAAAAUGGGCAAAAAAAGACGCCACGACGAGAGCGAAGGCGAUUCGUUUGAAUCAGACUACAAGAAGAGCUCAUCCGACACAAAGCACGGUUGUUCCAAAAACAUCAAGAUGUCUCAACCGGAAAUUCAGUACAAAUCAUGCCCAGAGCGGGUAUCGAAGCUUGUCCGCAUAGUCGAUUCUAUUUGCGAAUCUGACGACUCAAUAACUGAGCACGUCGCUUCUGGAGGAGACGUAAUUCGACAGGCAUGUAGUCGAUUAUACUCGGCCAUUAAUUCUAGAUUACACACUUCCCAGAGCCUGCAAACCCCGGCACUGGAUAUCCCUCCCACCAAAGGGGCUCAUGGAGAGCAACAAUUGCUUCCAAAUUCUCGUAUUCUCAGCAAGAAUCUCCCCGCUCUUCCGCCUAUUAUGGAUGAAAGUCUUCAGGAAACGCCUUUUGUGCACCAGGGAUCUCUUGAUGCCACGCAUAGUUCUUCUUCAAGGCACAGCUAUGAGCGCCUUGAAUUUCUUGGCGAUGCGUACUUGGAAAUUAUUGCAUCUCGCCUGCUAUAUUUUCGAUACCCUGAUCUUUCAGCUGGACAAUUGGCUCAGCUCCGCGAAACUCUUGUAAAGAAUGAAACUUUAGCGGAAUAUUCAAUGGGUUACGGUUUUGACACGCGAGCCCGGUUUCCUAAGCACAUCCAAUCCACACAAGCGAAGACCUGGACUAAACUCAUGGGAGAUAUCUUUGAAGCAUAUGUGGCCGCUGUUGUAUUAUCUUCACCAGAACAUGGCUUGGAACAAGCUGAGGCUUGGUUAGCUAAGCUUUGGGAACCCAAACUCCCUCUCUUUACUGGCAUCACGAGUGUUAAUCCCAAUGCAAAGCAAGAGCUAGCCCAGAAGGUUAUGGGAAAGGGCACGAAACUUGAGUACAUUGAAGAAAAACCUGCAGAACACAACCGGAAGGAAGGAAAGACCAGCUAUCAUAUAGGAGUCUACUUAACGGGUUGGGGUUGGCAAAAGCAACAUUUGGGAUCUGGAGAAGCGAAUAGCAAAGGGGUGGCAGGGACCCGAGCAGCGAUGUCGGCCUUGAAGCACCUUCCUUUGAUAAAUGUCAUUGCGGACGCAAAAAAAGAUUUUGAAUUGAAGCAAAUUGCAGCUCGUACUAAUCACAGCAGCGAUUUUCACAAUGCGCAAUCCGGAGCGUAGAUUGUUUUCAUUCAAGAGCAACGCAGUCGUUCUUUGCACGAGCCUGCCAGCUGCAUCUCGCAAGCUUGAAAAAAUUCGAGCCCCGGGCUUUACCUUCUAUGAGUACGCCUACGAACAACGAAGAUAAGCACCAAUGCUCAAUGAUUUGCUAUCCGCCACCUCUAUGGACCCCGAGGGGAUUUGACAAACAAAAGCCCGAGCAUUCCUAGAUUUACUGCAACCAUUUCUAGCCUCA